AUGGUCUGGUCUCAACUCGAGCCCACGGGGCCGCACGUUACUUACGUGACCCUGACCUUCUUUCUCAUCUUGUACGCGCUGUUCUCGCUUAUGAUCCGGAACCGCCUGCAUCUCUCAGAACCGCCUUUAGCCACGCUUUUCGGUAUCAUGGUCGGACCACGCGCUCUCAACCUCCUCAGGCCAUAUGAAUGGGGCUUUUCCGAUGAAAUUAUCCAAGAACUGACGCGUCUCAUCGUCGGGAUUCAGUGCUUCGUAGUCGGUCUGGAGCUUCCCGCAGGCUAUCUCCAAAAGAAAUGGCGUGCCUUGCUUGUUCUUCUCGGGCCUGUCAUGACGUUCGGCUGGCUGAUGUGCGGAAUGCUCAUCAUGUUCCUGUUCGACACAGACUUCCAGACUGCUUUGACGAUAUCGGCCUGUCUCACCCCCACGGAUCCUGUUCUCGCGGCUUCCGUUCUGUCAAACAGCCAGUUCAGCACCCGAGUACCCAAGCGGAUUAGGGACUUGUUGAGCGCGGAGAGUGGUUGCAACGACGGCAUAUCCUUCCCGUUCUUGUAUCUGGGGUUGAGCCUUCUCCUGAAGAACACCGCUAAAGGCUUCUUCACGAAAUGGUUCCUUGUUACGAUACUGUACCAGUGCGUGGUAGGCGUUCUCCUCGGUAUCGCCCUGGGAUACAUCUUCAACGGCCUGUACAGGUUCUCGCACAGCCGCGAGUGGAUGGGUCGAGCCUCUUACCUGGCCUUCUACCUCCUCCUGGCCAUCUUCUCUAUCGGACUGGCAUCGGUUCUUGGAGUCGACGACUUCCUAGUGGCCUUCUUCGCAGGACGUGGCUUCGCGCACAACCAAAAGAAUCCGACAGAAGGAACCGCUCUACCUGUGAUCAUUGACUUGCUGAUCAACUCGGCCUUCUUCAUCUUCUUCGGUGCAAUGAUCCCUUGGGCGAGCUUCAACGCGGUGGACGGGAUCACCCCUCUCAGAUUGGUUGCUUUACUCGCACUCAUUCUACUCUUCCGCAGAAUUCCGAUUGUUUUCACGCUUUUCAAGUCGAAAAUGUUGCCAUCCGUAAAGACUACAACUGAAGCUCUCUUUGUCGGACAUUUUGGACCAAUGGGUGUCGGUGCCCUCUUCCUAGCCAUCGAAGCCCGUGCGCAGCUCGAGACUGGUACAUCCCUACCUCUUCCGCAUCCGCCUAAGGAUCUGCCCGUGGAGCGACAACGGACAGCUACUGUGAUAUGGCCCCUUGUUUGCUUCAUUGUGCUCGGCAGUACUAUGAUCCAUGGCUUUAGUACUCUGGCUGUCAGUAUCGGAGGCCAUCUCGCGCGUCACGAGGGUGAGAGGGCUCCUCUGAUCGGUGCUGAAACGGAAGGACUACAUGGCAUGAUCCAUGACGACAGUGAGGGCGAGGACGAACAUGAGUAG